ACGGGAUCCCCCUCCUUCUCCUCCUCCGUCUCUGCGAAGCGUUCAGCCUUCAGAGUGGAGCAGAAAACGUCAGUACACAGCGGCUCCGUCUGUCCGAGCGGCCUGUCCGCACCAGGACGGGCUCAAUUUACAUAAAGAAAGACAGACAGUUUGUUGUGGUCGCAGCAGAAUCGAGCUCAGAGGAAAAAUCCGUAGCUACGUUUGUGUUUUUCCCUCAGAGUUACGCGACCAGCGCGGCGCGGUUUGAGGUCCAGUUUAUACGCCACAUCUCUCACUCCUCUCCAGUGAGACGAGCUACAAGUCGCCGCUGAGGAAAAACAGAAAACACGUCCAAAGAAGGAAGCGUAGACAGACUACUGCAGCCGCCUAAAGGCAAGGAAGGAAGCAUCUCGGAAAAGCGCAGAUAAGUUCAAGUGUUGGGUCCCCCCUGUUGAAGGAAUUCCCAGAGGAAUCAGGCUGCAAGUCCUUACAAAGAUCUCUGAUCACUUCUAAUUUUGAACGGGGUGGGGGGGGUAAGAAAACGAAUGCCCCAGCACUGCACUUCCAGUGUCCCAGGGGCAACAUGACUAUUCUCUGGGGACUAGACUGCUGAGCGUGUACUGUAAAGUCACCCCCAACCUGCCCCUCAUCCUGCUCUGACUUGACCCUCUUCAGCCAUGAAGGAGGUGGGACUCUGGUCAGCGGCGGAGGUGUCCGAAUGGCUGGCCGAGGAGGGCAUGCCGGAAUAUUCCGAGGCCCUCCGGAAUGUGGACGGUCAUGCUCUCCUACAGCUCUCCGAAUCGGACUUCAGGAAUCCUCCGCUGUCGCUGGUUACAGCAGACAACGGACAUCAGCUGCUGGAGCGCGUAGAGACACUACGCAUUGCUAACCACAUGGAGGUGCAUAAGAAUGGUAACCAUGGCAUCAGCCACCAUACUAACGGACACGUGGGAACCUCCCUCAGCAACGGGACCGUUAGCAACGGCAAGGUCCUCAACGGGGGGCCGAAAAACGGAUUCCAUUCCGAGCCUGUCCGUAUACAAAUCCCAUUACCUCCCGAGCACGAGCGCUCUCCGUUUCCGACUGAAUGGUCUAAAACGGCCGUGGCCUUCAUAUACGCCUUGUGCUGCUUCGUCACAACGUCAGUAGUGAUUUCGGUGGUGCACGAGCGAGUCCCAUCCAAAGAGGAGUCUCCACCUCUGCCGGAUAAGUUCUUUGACCUGUUUGACCGAGUGCAGUGGGCCUUCUCCAUCUGCGAAAUCAACGGCAUGCUGCUGGUGGGAGUGUGGAUCGUACAGUGGCUCCUGCUCAAACAUAGGUCCAUAGUUGGCCGCCGUUUCUUCUUCAUCGUGGGAACACUGUACCUCUACAGGUGUGUGACCAUGUAUGUCACCACCUUACCUGUUCCAGGCAUGCACUUCAAAUGCUCACCAAAGCUGUUUGGGGACUACGAAGCUCAGCUGAGGCGCAUUAUGAAGAUGAUCUCUGGGGGUGGUCUGUCAAUCACCGGAUCCCACUCCAUGUGUGGGGAUUAUCUUUACAGCGGACACACCGUGAUGCUGACGUUAACAUACCUCUUUAUUAAAGAGUAUUCUCCACGGAGGUUUUGGUGGUAUCACUGGAUAUGUCUGGGUUUGAGCUCUGUUGGGAUUUUCUGUAUCCUGCUGGCUCACGACCACUACACGGUGGAUGUGGUAGUUGCAUACUUCAUCACUACACGCCUCUUCUGGUGGUAUCACACAAUGGCCAAUCAGCAGUUUCUUAAGCAGACGUCCCAGGGGAACCCAUUCUCUCGAGUCUGGUGGUUCUGCCUCUUCCGAUACUUUGAGCAGAACGUUCACGGCAUCGUGCCUCGCAAUUAUCAGCUGCCGGUGCCGAUGCCUUUGCCGUGGCGCUCGUUGCCGGGGAGCCGGGUGCUGUAUAGCAGGCUGGAGUCCCGCUGACCUGACCACGGCGCCUGAUGGGCUGGAGCUCUGUGAGACUCUGAGAAAGGGAGCGAGACUACGUAUCCCAUCAACCCCUAUACGACUGGCUGAGCACUGUGACGCGUAUAUUCCUUUUGAACUUUAUUUUGAAGCAUUUCAACAUCCCUCAAAGACGAUGUACGUAGAGCACAGCCUCUCACAACUGGAUAUGUUUUGCUGCUCUCUACUGUAGCGCCAAGAUACCAGCUUCUGCCAAGAGUGUGUUAAGCUUGGUAUUCAGGAAUCUGAAUAUUCAAGACCAAGUUCAUGUAAUUUAAGGGUUAAUUAACCGCCAAACUAUGUCAAACAGCCUGAACCUUUAGUCUGACUUUUUCUUUUAAGUAUUUUUUGUAAGAAUCGUACAAAUCGUGGUGAAAGCGCGAGAGAUUUUUCUAAACAAUUUCGCAGAUUUAUUUUCCAAAAACAAAAAAAAACAGACGUCCAAAUA